AUGGCAUCCAAACAGAACGAACAGUCCCGCCAAUACUUUGACUCGGGCGAUUUCGCCCUCUCGCAAGCCAGCGAACCGUCCAACAUCGGUACCGUCCAAACCGGCACAGAACACCCCACCUCGAAGACGGUGUCUCAUCCGUCAGCACCCGUCCCGAGUGGCGGAAACGUCGCUAGAGAGGCGAACGAUCAGCACCGGGACGGGAGGACAAUGUGCGCAGCGCCCGAGUCUCACCUACAGCAGCAGUCGUACGAUGAUGGUGCUGCUGCGGGAGGAGAGAAAGGAGUCAAGUGA